AUGGUUUCGUCCCCUCAAUUUCACGUCAAACUGAACACGGACGCUAGUGUUGCAGUUGGAAAAGAAGUAGGGGGCGGUAUUCUACUGGAUCAUUACGGUGAGCUCAUCUUUGCUUUCUAUAAAGAAUUUGGAGAUGUUGAUGUGUUGGCAGCUGAAAGUUUCUCGCUGAUGCAUGGCCUGUUGCUUUCCCAGGAAAGGGAUUGUAAUCAUCUAUUGGUGGAGGUGGACUCUAAAGUCCUGGUUCACAUGGUUUGUUCAGGAGCGCUAGCCAAAUGGCCAUUAUGUAAUGUUCUACGAUGGAUUAGGGGGCUCUCCCAGGAGUUGGCUGCCUCAGUUGUUUAUGUUUAUCGAGGGGCAAAUGCUACUGCAGAUAAGCUAGCGGCCUUGCAACUCAAUGAAAAUGUUUUUUACAAUUCCCCUUACCAGUUACCAUUUUGA